AUGGUGUCCUCGACGCCCGCCUUCGACGCGGCCUUCUACCCGCAUCUCCUCGACUUGAUUGUCGACUCUGCGUCGCCCGAGCUCCUCCUCUCCCUCCGCCAAACGUGCACUCGACUGCGAGACCGCGUGCAGGCCGUGCUGAAGCAGCACCUCAUCUUCGACCGGCGGGGCGGGCGCACCCUCUACGGCGGGCUGUGGGAGGAUGCCUGGUCUUCUGGCGUCAGCACCGAAGUCCUCGACCUCGGGGAGGGCAACGACUGGGCGGCGAGUUCAGGCGCCUUAACCCGCUUCGCGAGCGGCGCCGAGGUCGACAUCCUGCGCACGUUCUCGGACGUUUCCGCGGGAAUAAGAUCAAGGAGGGUGUAUUAUUUUGCCUCCCCUGCUUGGGGAGCGUACAUCACGCCGCACCUCGUGCCCCGCUGCGCGAGCCUGGAGAUGCUCGUUGUGAACGUGCCGUACGAGACGCACCUGCCCAGUAUCGACCACAUGCGCACCCAGGCUGGGUACGAGUACCUGAACCGCGGCCUCGAGUGUCUCGGCACAGCGGAGCGGGUCGUCAUCCUCUUCUCGCCCCGGACGACAUUUACGCCGCCGAGGCCGAAACGCACCUCAAGCUCUGCCCACUAUCAGCCAGUGUACUCGCCAUCGCCCAAGGCACUAACGAGGUCCGACACGCAGGCCCCGCCACGACCAGAGGUUGAUGGAGAUCUGCGUACCGCACACUUCAAAGAGGUCGACGACCUGGCACAGACGAUCCUCCGCUCGGGACUGAGUACCGUGUUCGAACUGGUCGGCACGGAGCAGUGGACGUUCCCCGAACUCGAGCGGGCUGCGGACGAGUCCAAGCCUCGCAACCUGCAGCACAAGGUCUGGAUCGACAUGGUCGAGAGCGAGCGCGCCAAGCACCCCACCGUACCCGUCUUCGAGAUUAUGCUGCGGGCCGUGUUGCGCUUCUACGCCGUGAGCGAUCACAGCAGACAUCUCGCCAGCGUCGCCAUGGCUGGCCCCCUCCCCACCACCACGGUCGAAGACCGGUACCAGAAGUACCUUGCGCGAAUAGUGUUCACGACAAGGGCCGCAUUCAAGGCGAGGGAGGGCGAGAGGCAGUUCAGACUCAUGACGGAGCGAUAUCCCGGCACCGAAGGGGGUGCGGGUCUCCAAGGUCGAAACAUGGUGAAGGGGACGGCGCAGGUGACAGGGACGAGCGCAUCGGUCGCGGAUGCCGAUGCGACUGCGUCAGAAUCCCCGCCCCUGGCACACUCGUCGCCACCGAGACACACACCAAAGGAAACGGGAGACGUGUAG